AAAGGUAUUCUACUACCAUUUUAUCUGCUAUGAUGACUGGUAUGGAUGACAGGGAAGAUUCCAAUUGCAACAUAACUUUAGAGGCUAUGAGUGGAUUAUCUGCAGUAUUGUCUCAAGUAGCUGAAGAAGACGUUAGAAAUAUUCUUAUUACUAUUGCGCUUCGAAUAAAGCCCAUGUUUGAAAAGGAUAAAGCACCAGUUCGAGCUGCAGCUUUCAAGCUAUUUGGAAAUCUUUCAAGGUUUGGAAAUGGUCCUUCUAAAGAACAAUUUAUUGAACAAGUGCACGGAAAUCUUGUUGCAAUACUGUUGCAUUUGAAUGAUGAAGACAAGCAUGUUAUUAGAGCUUGCAAGUACAGUUUGAGGCUCCUUGGGCCAUUACUGCAAUCGCAAGAAAUGAAUUCAAUGUUUCAGAAACAUUUGUUGGAGGAUGCACAUCUACACUAUGGAGAAUUUAUUAAUGAUCUGACAAAAACAAUGAUUGCAGAUUUUCCAGAAAAGAUAAGUUUUUAUGUCACAACAUCAAUGUCAUACUUGAAAAGCCAGUUUCCAAUAAUACAAUGCAAUGCAAUAGCAUUUCUUGGUUAUUUGCUAGGAAAUCUUCCAGUGGAAAAACAGAAUUUAAUACCAAAGGAAAGAGUUUGUUCAGCCAUGCUUGUGCUGCUAAAGGACCAGUCUUCAGAGGUUAGAAUAAGAACUGCAGAAGCACUGAGCUUGCUGCAUGAGUUUUAACUACUUCCAAAUAGGUUGAAAUUAAUUUUUCCAUUUAUAAAAAAAUUAAAAAAAAGUUCUCAGAACAAAUCAGUGAGAGCAUGUACUAGAUUACAGUAUUGAGUUUUAUUUUGAUCAAUUUUCUAAAUGCAAUAACCUUAUAUUUUUAGAUUUAAAUGACCACAACAGCAAGUUUUCCCAAUGUUUGUUUUACAUAUAUAUGAACUAUAUUCAUGGGAAUAAUUAAUGAGUAUAUUGCUAAUUUUAUAGAAGUAUACAUAAAUUGGUCCAAAUUCCCUGGCAAUAAAAUAUUUUCACGUUAUGUAUAGUUUUCUAAAAAGACACUCAAGCAGGCUAGUUUUAUUGAUUAUUUAAAUAUCCAUAUGAAAUGCAAUUAGUUUUACUUCUAACAGUAAGCUUUUUAGUGUAAAUCAGUUAAAAUCAUGUUUAAUUAGUUCUAAGUUCAGUCUUGUUUUUUAAUGAGAAAGAUUCUGUAUGCUGUCAUCAGUUUUAAUAACUUACUCCAAUGCAUCAAAAAUCAUACGGAAUGAAAUAUUUUUUAGAUGAAAAGAAAUGAGGUGUAGAAAGUAUGUCAAUUACGUGGUACUAAAACUGAAGCAGUUUCAAAUUGUUGUUACAGUAGCAUUAGAAUUCAAAAUUGUUUUACAUUAUGAUUUGCUACACAUGUUUUAGAUUGAAAUUUUCCUUUGAGAACUUUAUGGAGAUUAUUCAUUCUGAAAUAAAAAUGUUAGUACAUAAUUUAAUAUAACCUUGUGGCUCUAAUUUCAAAACAUUUUAAUCACUAAUUAAAGGCAACUAAUUCUUGUGAUUAAUAUCUUUUCCUUUUUUAUAUUCUAGUCUGAUAUUUCAGCUUUGAAUGGUAAAAAAACAAAUGUAGUUUUAUCAUAUAAUUUUUUAGUAAUAUAUAUAUAACAUACUUUGAAAGUAUUGUAUUCUAAAAUAUUUAAUAAAAUUCUACUCUGAAAAUAAUAUUGCCUUCAUGCAAGUGUGCCAUUAUGCUUCUUAUAAAAACUGACCUGAUAGUGUUUGUUAAACACAAAAUGAAAAUCAAUAUUUUUAUAUGAAUUGUUAUUGCUUUUCUUUUUAAUGUUUAUGAAGUUAAUUUUAUGUUUGAUUUUGUAAAUAAGAAAAAGUUUUUAAAGAUUAAAUCUUACAGCAGGUCUGAUUUUCUCCUCUUUGUUUUAUCUGAAUGUAUAAAUAAUUUGUAAAUAUAUGGAAUAAAAAUAUGCUUAUGUUUCUUAA